UAUUGCGUGUAUUGUUUGGUUUUGCUCCGUUCAAUUGUUUAAACACCGGAAUUAUUCAAGUAUUUUUAGCAAUUUCCGCUUUCACAUAACUUUAAAAAUGUCUCUUGCUAUGAAAAAGCCGAUGCCGGAGCCGACGCUAACGAUUCAGGAGCCGGUCCCGCAGCUGUUAGGCACCGGUGGUGCCCCGACUGCCCGAAUUUAUAAGCGCAUUCGGUUGACCGCUCGGAAGUCGAGUGGCCUUCCGGUGUCUAUUCUGGCUUACGUAAAUCUGCUUGAGGAUACUGGCGGCAACAGUAAUGAUGCUUUGCAGGUACUGAUCAAGAUAAGUGAUUCGAUGCAAUUCGACGAAAGUGAAUUCCCGGAAGCUCUACGAAAGUUGGUUGAGCACUUUCGACGCGAGACUGAAUCGGCAGUCCGUGUCAAGAUCCUGUCACUGUUUGGUGAUUUAGCAAACGAAACGAAUAUCGAAUGUCCGCCGCUUAUUGACGAAGUAAUUGGACUGCUGAAAACGGAAACUUCAUCGAAAGUGCUCUCGCAGGGUCUUAGCGUCCUGGAGCGAAUUGGACGGGCUUGCUCGUUGAGCUCGGUUGCAUAUGUGAAUAAGAUUGUAUUUUUCGCCAAGAGUAAGCUCUUUUCCUCUAAUCACAACGUGCAGCGUCAUGCAAUUCGACUGUUGGGAGCAUUUGUGUUAGUGUCGGACGCCGAGAAGGAAAGUCUGGAGUUGAUUGGGAUGUACACGGAUUCGUCUGAUGCCAGGGUGCGAGCGCAGGCAUUCCGUUCGAUGCUGACACUCGGUGAGCGUGGAGUUCAACUACCAGCUUCGCUCUAUGAACGUGCUUGUCGAGGACUUUUGGACGAUUACGAAUGCGUUCGGAAGGAAGCGCUACAGAUGGUCUACGAGCUGGGCAUUAGACAUCCGGAAAAGUCAGUUAGCGUGCCGGACUCGGAGCAAGAGAUACGUCUAAUCGAUGAUGCUUUUGGAAAAGUUUGUAAUGCAAUUUGUGACCUUUCUAUGCACAUUAGAACCCAAGCUGCCGAGUUGCUAGGCGGGAUGACGAUGGUUAGCGACGAGUUUUUGCAUCAAACUUUAGACAAGAAGUUGAUGAGUAAUAUGCGCAGAAAAAAGAGUUUACACGAGCGCAAUGCGGAACAUUUUACCAGCGGGGAGUGGUCUAGUGGAAAAAAGUGGGCAGAUGACGCUCCGAAAGAAUUGGUCAAUGCCGAGUCUGUCUCCCUGAUGGCAUCCGGUGCUUGCGGAGCUUUGGUUCAAGGACUGGAGGAUGAAUUUUUGGAAGUUCGGACAGCUUCUGUCAAUUCUAUGUGUAAGCUGGCAUUGAAAAAUCCCCCGUUCGCUGUAACUUCGCUGGACUUUCUUGUUGAUAUGUUUAAUGAUGAGAUUGAGGAAGUACGGCUGAGAGCUAUUUAUAGUUUGACAGCGAUAUCAAAGCAUAUAAUACUUAGAGAAGAUCAACUGGAGACGAUGUUGAGUUCGCUAGAGGACUAUUCCGUGGAGGUUCGUGAAGGGCUUCAUCUUAUGCUUGGUGCGUGUAAAGUGUCUACCAAAGCUUGUUUGUCGCUGGUUGUACAGAAAGUAUUGGAUGUGUUACUAAAGUAUCCGGAAGAUCGUCUAUCAACGUUUGGGUGUAUGCAGCGAGUCGGACAAAAACAUCCAGAGAUUUGUAUGAUUAUUACUCCACAAUUGCUACAGGAUCAUCCUUUCUUCGAUAGCGCUGAACGGGAUGUCGAAGAUCCGUCCUACGUUUGUGUUCUUAUUAUGCUUUUUAAUGCCGCUCAGUAUUUGCCUCCCAUGUUGGGACUUUUUCCGGAAACUAUAGUGAAGCAUUAUGCCUACCUGCGAGAUACGAUGCCAAAUUUCGUUCCUCACUUGAAUCUCCGUGGUCAGUCAACUACACUGACACUAACUGGUUCCACUGGAUCUCGACAGUUUUUGGAGACCCUUCUGAACAACAUCCAGCAAGCAUAUUCCGCUCCUUAUGCUCGUAAAACCUUACUAGUGGCAGUUCGGGAGAAUCUAGAUCGAUUAGCUGAAAUUGAUCCCGCUUUCUCGGGCACCGCAAACUUCACCGCUACCUUUCUAGGCACGCAGCUCUUAAUGGAACAAUUGCAAGUGGCUAUAUCCGGUCCACCGACGGUUGCUCCGUUGAAAGACUGCCUUAACCAAUUGAUCCGAAAGUGCCUGGAGCUGCAAAAUCUGUUCUGUGGUCUUACAAUCGAUGAUCAUCUACUAGUCAAACAAAUGUGCCUCCGAGCGAGUGCUCUCAAUUUAGUUCUAGUAGUGAAAGAUCGCACUCAAAGUGCUCUUGCACCCUGUCAACUGCUCCUGCAAAUCGCAGCAGAUGCUAGCAAUUUUUUGCAAGAAAAUGGCUCUCUUGUUGCUGACACGUUUACAAGCGCCAUCCUAACGAAGUUAACCUCGAUCGGGGACCCCAAGCCGGGGCGAGUUUUCCGGGAAAUAUUACCGCUCGUGCAAGCAGCCGCUCCAGUAACCAUCCCUAAAAUCAACACGAAAAUUAAAAUGUGCAAAGCCCGCAUUACGGAACCCUCGGAGAACUACCACAACUCGGACAACAUCGUCAAAGUGACAGCAGGACUGAUUGCGGCUGUGCCGUUGGUUGCCGAGCUGGAGAACCUUCCGGAGGCGCAACGGCAAGGUCUUCGGUUGAAAAUCAAAUAUCCCGACCAGAACGUGCACAUCAUCGUGCCACGCAAGCGUGACCUGAAGAAGAUUAUGACCGAGGAGGGGGAAAGCCAGUCACACUGGAGAUUAAGGACGACUGUCUUGCUGUCGCAUGGCGUCUGGACCGAAGCGUCACCGGUGGAUAUUGGCAUUUGUUUGUCGGUGAGACCGAGCAGUGAGCUGGAACUGUGCAAACCGGUGAAGAUACAGUUUGCCCCGAAGCCAGUAAAGCGGGGUAUCUAAGGUGGGAAUCGAUAACGAGCUGUACAUACGCACUUGCAGAUAAGUUUAUUGACGAAUUCAAUCUAGUCAUAAUUUUUUUCACCCGAAAUACCCGAAGAAUUUCAGAUUUAUGAAGGAUAAAUUGAAAGGAAACCAAUCGUCGUUAAAGAUUUGCGGACGAUAUAUUUGAAUAUGUUUUGGAAGUCCCCGUGUUUUGUAAUAGGGCUGCUAUCCAGAAUUCUUAUAGCUUCCGGAAUUUUUUAAGAUGCAGCUGCAAAGCUGUUAUUUGGUUAUGACAGCCCAAGAGCGCAUGCCUUCGGGUGGUUUUUAGCGAUUGUCGACGGACUUUCUGUGGUGUUUUGAUACGGAGCCUGUCGGGAAGCGGUCACUGUCGGCGUGGGACGAUUCCCUACCUGGUAGGGAGGAACAAAAGAAUUAGCACAGAAAAAACGAUGUAAGAUUGUUUAUACCGGCUCAUACACUAAGUUAAGGGGGGUGGUGAAGAUACCCAAGCAACAAUUGAAACAUAAUAAAAAAAUAAAUUGUGAUCAUUUGUUGCACUAAUGAAA